AUGAGCGAACCGAGUGCAACAUGGAGCAAAGAGACAGUGCUCCAGGCGUUCGAAGCCUCGGGCAACCUCAAGUUUCUCGAGCACGUGAAUCUGUCCAACACGGAAAAGUGCACGGAACACGCGCCGGCCUUUAUCUUUUACAUGCGGGGCCUGCAAUGCGCGCGGGACCCGCGUCUCGCUUACCACUUUUGGGCCAACUUUGCGGGUCGCCACCAGUUCCACUUGUUUACGAGCCAGCGCAAGAGCGAGUGCAUCAACGCCUCGAUCUAUCUCUACGUGCCGGACUUGGACGCGAUCGAGAAGAGCUUAGCGUCCGUGGCGGACGAACUGCAGGGCACCAAAUUUGCGGUCGAGCGCUUGAAUCGCGGCGGAGAGACGACGCGCGCGUACCCACAGGAGCAAUGGCACGAGCUGUUUGAUACGAUGAAGUACGACCACCUCAAGGUGAACGACCCGUACGGGAACGAGUUGCGGCUCCACGUGACGCCUCGCAAUUACCACUCAAUCAACAUGUCGCUGGGCAAGACGCUGCCGGUACAGAACGACACGGACGGCGUGGCGCAAGGCUUGCCGUUUCUGCUGUACCCGUGUCGACCGGGCAUUGCUCAAGGCAUUUCACGCUUCUUUGAGCACUACUUGGGUGCCAAGACAGUCGUGACAAAGAAGGAGGGCGAGGAAAACCUCUACCGCACAUCAGUGUUCUGUGGUCCGCUGCAAACGAUAGUGUUUGACGAGCAGGAGUCUCAGCGGGACAACAAGGGCGAGUAUGAUGGCCACCACGUAUGUAUCCACAUUGACCGCUUCAAAGAGUUUUACGACAAGGCGUACAAUGAUUCCAUGCAGUGGAACAAUGAGCUCUUCUUUGACCGUUGUGAUACCUGGUUGGAAGCCAAUCGGGACCAGCAGUACCGCAUCUUGCACUUGGUUGACCCCCUGGACAGAACAUUUCUCAUGUCUUUCGAAAUGGAGAUCCGCUCGACGCAACACUUUCGCUAUCCCAUCCACCGCAGUGACGUGACCCCGGAGGAGGAAGCUGCGAAUGAAGUGCUCCGCAGAAAGAAUCUGUAG